AAUACUGAAGGAACCCCUUAAUAUUUUGAAAAGGAACCCAUAAACAAAUUUGUGUGGUGAUCAGUUGGUUAAGCGCCUCCUAAAGAAAGUUGAAGUCCCAAGUUCGAGUCCUUUCGGUAGCUUUUUUUUUGCGUUCUUGGAAGAUGGGAAGAUUAAAAGACAAUCAAUCACAUUUACUGCUAAUAACAGACACCAUUUAUUAUUCUUGGUGGAAUAUUCACACUAUUGUUUGAUCAUCAUUCUUCGUCUACUUCAUCAAAGAGGUUUGAAUAUCUUAGUUUGAAACUCAAACUAUCUCGACCCUAAAAUAAUGAUGAAACAUUAGCUGAAGCCAUUUUGCAGCUGAUGAUGGUAGGCAAAAAAAAAGGGACAACUUUGGGAAGAGAAAGUCAAGUUGGUUUAAUUUUUUUCAUUUUUGUAUUUGAUAUUUCACAGAUAUUCUGGUAUCAUCACAACCAUAUGGCUUUUGUCAAGGGUGCAGUUGUGUGCCGAAUCAUUAUAGGUAUAAACCUCUAAAAGAGAGGAUAUCAUCAUCAUACUCAGUAAAUCCAAUAAAUAGCAAAACUAAGGUAGGGUCUGAGGAGGGUAAGAUGUAGACAGCCUUACCUCUACCCCGUAGGAAUAGAGAAGCUGCUUCCCAUGAUCAUCAUACUCAGUAAAUCCAAUCAAUAGCAAAACUAAGGUAGGGUCUGAGGAGACAACCUUACCUCUACCUCGUAGGAAUAGAGACGUUGCUUCCCAUGAGACUAUACCCGACCCGACGACCCGAUUUUUUUUUAUGUUCGGAGAUAUGAAAUUGGAACAUUAAAAGUGAACCCCUUAGAAAAGAUUCCUGGAUCCGCCACUGGAUGAAGUAGAUGCAAAACAAGACUUCCGAUGUCUGUGUUCCCGGUGUCAUGAAGAAAUCAACUGGUUCCAUAGAUUUGUGGUCGGAGGAAGAGAAUGAAGACUAUGAAGAAGACAAGGAAGAGAACGAAGAUGAAGUAGAUGCAAAACAAGACUUCCGAUGUUUGUGUUCCCGGUGUCAUGAAGAAAUCAACUGGUUCCAUAGGUAUUACUACUCUUGUUCUACAUGUAGUGAUUUUUCUAUCCAUAAAUUUUGUGCAGAGCUUCCCGAUAGAUUGGAAGACAUUUGUGAGGUUGGUCAUACUCUUGGCUUCUACCUAUUUAACGACGAUUGGUGGUGUGAUAUUUGUGAUAAACUUGGUAAGCCUGGAGAGCUACUUUACCGCUGUGAUAUUUGUGAUUUUAAGGUUGAUGCAAAUUGUGCUACAAAAGCGCUACAAAAGAAUAUCAUCCAUCAUCCUAGCCACAGACACCCACUAGUUCGCAUCCCCAGACAAUUUUUAGGCGAGUGUGAUGCAUGCGGGGAGGAGCAUAAAGGGCUCUUUUAUCAUUGUCCCACGUGUCCUAGUUCUUAUUUCAUUCAUAGUGAUUGUGCUUUUCUACCGAAAAAAUUGCAAAUCCAACAUACGACAAAUGAUAUCUUCUCCCAUAUUCAUCCUCUCACCCUUGCUUAUUCCUUUCCAAAAACGGAUCAAGAAUCCAAAAGAUACCCACGGUGUAGGGUAUGCCGUCACGGGUUUUCUUCUAGUUCACAUCUUUGGCUGUAUAAAUGCGAGAAAUGCAGAUACUAUACCCAUCUAGAUUGCGCAACAUCUCCAGCUACAGACAAAAUGAUUAAAAACUAUGACGAUGUUGAACACCCUGAUCUUCUUCAUCUUCCAUUUCCUGAUCCAUCUUAUAGCCUCCUAAAACACUUGUUUUUCAAGGAAAGUGGAACAGAAACACAUGAAGUGAGUCAUCAACACCCACUCAUUCUGGAAGAUAGCCGAAUAUCCUACCAUGACCCAACAAAGAGGAUUGAAACUUUGUGCAAUGGAUGUUUAAGACCGAUUACGAGUGGGCCAGUUUACGUGUGUUCUAAUGAGGAGGGAGAUGAGCAUUGCAACUUUGUGCUCCACGAGUGGUGCUCCCGACUGCCUACUGAACUAAAAGACCACCCUCGUCACCCACGACACCCCCUGAUUCUCCAUUCAAAAGUCAUCGAUUUGUGGUCGGAGGAAGAGAAUGAAGACUAUGAAGAAGACAAGGAAGAGAACGAAGAUGAAGUAGAUGCAAAACAAGACUUCCGAUGUUUGUGUUCCCGGUGUCAUGAAGAAAUCAACUGGUUCCAUAGGUAUUACUACUCUUGUUCUACAUGUAGUGAUUUUUCUAUCCAUAAAUUUUGUGCAGAGCUUCCCGAUAGAUUGGAAGACAUUUGUGAGGUUGGUCAUACUCUUGGCUUCUACCUAUUUAACGACGAUUGGUGGUGUGAUAUUUGUGAUAAACUUGGUAAGCCUGGAGAGCUACUUUACCGCUGUGAUAUUUGUGAUUUUAAGGUUGAUGCAAAUUGUGCUACAAAAGCGCUACAAAAGAAUAUCAUCCAUCAUCCUAGCCACAGACACCCACUAGUUCGCAUCCCCAGACAAUUUUUAGGCGAGUGUGAUGCAUGCGGGGAGGAGCAUAAAGGGCUCUUUUAUCAUUGUCCCACGUGUCCUAGUUCUUAUUUCAUUCAUAGUGAUUGUGCUUUUCUACCGAAAAAAUUGCAAAUCCAACAUACGACAAAUGAUAUCUUCUCCCAUAUUCAUCCUCUCACCCUUGCUUAUUCCUUUCCAAAAACGGAUCAAGAAUCCAAAAGAUACCCACGGUGUAGGGUAUGCCGUCACGGGUUUUCUUCUAGUUCACAUCUUUGGCUGUAUAAAUGCGAGAAAUGCAGAUACUAUACCCAUCUAGAUUGCGCAACAUCUCCAGCUACAGACAAAAUGAUUAAAAACUAUGACGAUGUUGAACACCCUGAUCUUCUUCAUCUUCCAUUUCCUGAUCCAUCUUAUAGCCUCCUAAAACACUUGUUUUUCAAGGAAAGUGGAACAGAAACACAUGAAGUGAGUCAUCAACACCCACUCAUUCUGGAAGAUAGCCGAAUAUCCUACCAUGACCCAACAAAGAGGAUUGAAACUUUGUGCAAUGGAUGUUUAAGACCGAUUACGAGUGGGCCAGUUUACGUGUGUUCUAAUGAGGAGGGAGAUGAGCAUUGCAACUUUGUGCUCCACGAGUGGUGCUCCCGACUGCCUACUGAACUAAAAGACCACCCUCGUCACCCACGACACCCCCUGAUUCUCCAUUCAAAAGUCAUCGGUAAGUUUUUCGGGGUCUUCGCUUGUGAUCUUUGCGGGUUAUAUUGCAAUGGAUUCGCUUAUUGUUGUGUCAAAUGCGAUUACUACAUGGAUGUUAAUUGUGCAUUUGUACCUAAAGAAAUCACUCACAAUUCUCACCCGAAUCACCUCCUUACAUUAAAUAGUAGUCGUCGUUCAUUCAUUUGCCAUACUUGUGAUUACUUUGAAAUACCCUUGAGGAAGGCUUUGUUGAUACCAGAGACAACUACACACAAGUGUGACAAGCAUCCUAUGAAGCUAAGUUACUUUCCCAUUGAGAACCAUAUGGGUGACUAUUUUUGUGAAAUUUGUGAGGAGGAGUUUGAUCCUGAGUCUACAUUCUAUCAUUGUCGUGAGUGUAUGCAGUCUAUUCAUACAGCUUGUGCUCCGUCAAUACUUCGGUAUGAAACAUAUGCCAAAUGUGGUAGAUAUGGUCAUGACGUUAAUGAGUAUAUAAAUGUGAAAUUUGGGGGCACAUAUAACAAUAUUGAAGUGCAUCCACACCCCCUUUCAUUCGAUCAAGGAGUUGAAAGCGAUGGUCUUUGUCACAAGGAUGGUUGGCGCAGUCUCCAUUUCAAGAUGAUCUUUAAGUGUUUAACUUGUGAGUUUGUAAUUUGCUACGAUUGUAUGAAGCGUCUUUGUUUUCUCAUCAAGUAAUUAGGUGACCGACCACACACGUUGACUUUUAUAGUUGAAGUCUUUUCUGUUUAAUCUUUUCUUCUUUUAUAUACAAAACGAUGUAAUAAACAAAUUGAAGUUAAUACACGUGUUUG